GCGGCUCCGAGGUUGGAAACUUGUGAGUAAAAGUCCCGGAGCUCCGGGGGAUGUAUAGCGGACAGUGCGGCCCGAAACCUGCGUCACCUCGGCCGACACUUAUUAAGAAUGGAGCUAUUUGAAGGCAAUCGCCACCUUCCUAGACCCUCCUAUCUUGGCGUGGAAAUAGCCUAUCCAGAAAGAGAUGCCCCACAAGAGGUAGAUGACAUCAGAACAAACUUGUCCGAGCGGUUUUCACAGCUGGCCGACACAGAAUCUGAUGCUGAUCAGAAAAACUCAUCGGAUGCUAAGGAGCCCAUGCAGGUUUACCUUCGUGUGAAACCUUUUACUGGACUGGAGAUUGAGCAGAAAGAGUCGCAGGAUUGUGUCAGUAUUCCCGACCCCUGCAGCGUGCUGGUGAAGGCUCCUCUGAGCUCCCAGGCUUGUCGGCUGAGUGACAGAAGCAGCAGUUCAGUGGCCCAGAAGUUCUCCUUUACUCAUGUGUUUGGUCCCGAAACAUCUCAAACUCAGUUUUUUGAGGGCACUAUAAAGAAACAAGUGAUUGAUUUUAUGAAAGGGCAGAAUCGCCUGAUUUUUACGUACGGCGUUACUAAUGCUGGCAAAACAUUUACUUUCCAAGGCUCAAAGAAUGAUGGUGGUAUUUUACCAAGAUCAAUGGAAUUGCUUUUUAAUGCAAUUGAAGGAAAAGUUUAUUCAAAAAUGGAUAUUAAGCCUCACAAAUGUAGAGAUUACAUAAGACUGACUAAAGAGCAAGUGAAAACAGAACACUCGAUUAAAAAUGGUUUCCUCCGUCAUAUAAAAGAGGUGGACCCUCAUUGUAGUAUUCAGAGUAACAACAGUAGGACCUCUGCAGAUACAACAGACUUUCUCAAUGAUGACGUUGGAGGAGUGUCAAACUGUUCGCGAGUCCUCUCUGAAUUUGAAGAACGUGUAAGGGAAUCUGAAGAAUUCAAGUUCGAUGUUAAUGAUUCUGUAAAGUUCUCUGUCUGGAUUUCCUUUUGUGAAAUCUACAAUGAAUGUAUUUUUGAUCUUCUGGACCCUGUGUCAGGUGAUAAGUGUUACAAGAGAAAAACUUUAAAGCUUGCCCAGGAUUUAAAAGGAUUCAGUUUUGUAAAAGAUCUCCAGUGGGUACAGGUUUCAGAUGCUAAAGAGGCAUGUAGAAUUCUUGCUGUGGGGAAGAAGUUCCAAAGCAUUGGUUUUACGAAACUGAAUAGUUCCUCAAGUAGAAGUCAUAGUAUAUUUACUGUUCGUCUCUUAAAAAUUGAAGAUGCAGAUGUUCCUCGAGUAGUAAAAGUCAGCGAAUUGACUCUGUGUGACUUGGCUGGUUCUGAAAGAUGCACAAAAACUCAGAACGAAGGUGAAAGGCUGAAGGAAAGCGGGAACAUUAAUACAUCACUCCUGAUUCUUGGCAAAUGCAUCAAUGCACUGAAGAACAGUCAGCAGUCGAAAAUUCAGCAGCAUGUGCCCUUUCGAGAAAGCAAGCUUACCCACUAUCUGCAGAGCUUUUUCAGUGGGAAAGGGAAAGUGUGCAUGAUAGUAAACAUUAGUCAGGCUGCCUCUGCUUACGAUGAGACCCUGAAUGUGCUCAAGUUUUCAGCUGUUGCCCAAAAGGUCCUUAUAUUGGAUUCUUGUCAUGCUUUGGACAUCUUAUUACAUGGUCAAAAAAAGAGUGCCAGGGAAGUGUCCUUUAUAAUAAACAAUGCUGAUAACAAGAGUUUGCUGUCACGAAAACGUGCAACUGUGCAGUGGGAAAGCCGCUUAGAUGAUGUUCUGGAGGAUGGAAAUGAUGAGGAAUAUGAAGACUGUUUUGAUCAUGAAGAUCCUCUUGACUGCACCAAUCUAGAAGAUGAAGAUGAUUAUGAGUUAGAAGAAGAUGAAAUUGUCAUCAAGAAAGAAGCUUAUGAGAAUCUGCUAGCACUUCUGGAAGAUCUGAAAACCAAGCUAUGUAAUGAGAAGCAAGAGAAACUUCUUAUGGAACUUAGAAUAAGAGAAGAUGUGGCAAAAGAGUUCAAAGAACACUUCAUUCAGCGUGAACAUGACUUCAGUGAACGUUUGCACAAAGAAAAAGAGCUGUUAGAGGAACGGUGUGAAGAAAGAAUGGAAAUCCUGCAGAAUUUAGUCAGAAAAUGCUCUAAUGAAGAGGAAGAUGAUGAAGAGGACGAUACUAAGGAACCGCUCAGUAUGACAGAAACGGCAGUCCAGACGGAUGAGCUGAAUAUACCGCUUCAAGGACUCUUCUCUUCUAUACAGUGUGAUUUGGCAGUAAUCAAGAAGCAGGCCGCGGAGGCUCACAAUCAUAUUGAAGCUAUCCAUGACGAUGCAGAGGAGAUUUCUGCAUUGGAACAAAAAUUACAGCAAGUGACCAGUGAGCUUUCUAAAACUCAAGAGGAGCUGCAACGGAAUUCAGCUGAUCUGGCAAGGCAGGUGAGCCAUUGCACAGAAACAAGACUUCAGCUUGAAGAGUCUGACAAGACACUAUUGUCACAGAAACAACAAAUCGAUCAACUAAUGGACAUGAUUCAGCAGAAGGACACAGCGAUUGAGAAGCUUAAAGACCUUAUCUCUCACUGGGAGACUAAAUGUGAAGAUUAUGAGAAAACCCUAAAUUCCCUUCAAAGAGAGAUGGUAAACGUCGACAGUGAAACAAGUCGGAAGCGACCACCUGAUGCCUGCCAGCCACCCGAGGAACAGCCUCCAUCAAAGAAAGAUUUUAUUGACCCUAAUCACAAUCGCAUGAAAAGCAAUGAAAAUCAUAAAGAUGCUUUACAGAACAGAGAUGAAAGCGCCAUACUGCGUGAAUUGGAAGAUGUUAAAUCUGAGAACGAGAAUUAUAAAGCUCAAGCAGUGACGCUCACUCAGUCCGUUGUUGAAUUGGAAGAAAAGCUUUCUGGAUACCAAAAUAAGUUAAUUGCCUUGGAAUCAAAAAAUCAAAGCAUGGUCUCCGAACUGCAAAUGCAAAAAGAUCUCACGCUCAACAUGGAAGGAACCAUUCGUGUGUUAAAGCAGGAGGUAGAUCAGAACCAGUUAAACAUUGCCAAUAAGGUUGCUCAAAUCAAAACUAUUCAGAGUAAGUUGGAUGAUUUUGGCAAGACUGAUCUUAGUCAGGACUCUGGCGUGGUGGAGUUUAAUCUAACGGAUAUAAUGGAAGAGUCCAUCAAGAGGAACCCUGAGCAAAGCAAAAGUCAAGUGGAAAAAAUGACGUCUGGGCGCGAGAGUGCGUUUUAUAAUGCCAUUGAAGGUCUCUGGAAAAAAUGUCAAGAUGUUCUUCAAGAAUCCUCUAGAAAGAACAAGCAUAUGCUGCAGCUUGAAAAACAACUUGGUGACCUGAAACACGAAAUGGCCAUGCUUCAAGAUGUAAAAGAGAACAAGAGGUCUUCCCAAGACUUUCUACUCAAGGAAAAAGAUGAGCUUAUUGUCCAGCUUAGAGAACAGUUGUCAGAAACGAUCAAGCAUUUGGAGAUCCUUAAAAAGCAAGAAAUCGACUAUAAGAAUCAGUUAUCAUCUAAUAGCCAACGUAUACAGGACCUAAGACUCCUUGUGGAUUCUUACAAAGAGAAAUCUGAAAAGCUUAACAGCUUGGAUGAAGAGAGCAAAGAAAAAUCUGUUGCUAUUGAAACACUGGAGAAAUGUUUGGCAGAACUCCAGGCAGAACACAUGAAUUGUGAAAAGAACCAGAAGAAAUUAAACGAUGAGAAGAAUGAAUUGAAACAAAAAAAUAGAGUCGCACAGGAAGAACUUACAGCUGCGGAAACUUCUAAGAACAAGACAGAGAAGCAAGUUAAAGAGUCAGCCGGAGAUAUUGAACUGUUGAAGAAAGACAUUUUACAAAAAGACAACCAGUUGAAAAAAGUACAGCUAGAGCUUCAGAGAAAAGAAGAGGACUACGUAGAUUUAAAGGAGAAAUUGGCUGAUGCAAAAAAGCAAAUCCAACAGGUGGACAAAGAGAUCUCUGCAAUGCGCGAAGAACAGAAGACGCUAACUAACAAAAUUAAUGAGUACGAAAAAGUGAAGAAGCAAAUGUCUUGUGAACUAGAAGUGAAACAGAGGACAAUACAACAACUUAGCAAGGAACGUGACCACGAGAAAACUGAAAACACGGGGCAGCUUUACCAGAAGGCUUGUCAAGAUGUUAAAGCAAAAGAAAAGAUAAUUGAAGACAUGAAGCUGACACUUAUUGAGCAGGAGCAGACACAGGAAGAACAAGAGCAAGCACUUGAAGCCAAAACACAAGAAGCAGAGAAAUUAGCUGAAGAGUUGGAGCUGUGGAAACAUAAGUACAGAGAGAAAAUAUUUGGUAAAGAAAAUGUUAUAGAGCCGGGCAGAGAAACAAAUAACACAGAAACGAGCAAGACUGACGUAAUCAAGCUACAGAGCCAGCUAAAGGACCUUGAAGAGAAAUUCUGCAAUGAUAAAAAGAAAUGGUUCGAAGAAAGAAAGACUCUUAUCACUCAGGCUAAAGAAUCUGAGAAUCAAAGGAACAAGGAGAUGAGAAAAUAUGCAGACGACCGAGAACGUCAUGGAAAGCAGCAGGCAGAAAUGGAACAACUCUCUGCUCAGCUGCUUGAGAAAGAUAAUACAUUGCAGAAGUGGCGGGAAGAACGGGACAGUCUCCUUUCUGCAUUGGAAGUGCAGUUGAAAAACCUACUUUCCAGCAAUGCAGAGAAAGAGAAAGAAAUCGAAAUCCUAAAAAGCUCUACCAGAGGAGAAACCCUUACCCCUCCAGAAUCUUCCGUUGUGGAAGAACUGAAGAGUCUACUAGCUGCAAGUGAGGCCAAGAUCAAGGAGUAUCAGAACAAACUAGCAGAGCUGGAACAUCCCCAAUCUUCAGCCGCUACUGCCACAGAGAAGGAAGACUCUGGGAUUGCAAAAACUGUGGUGAAGACACAAGGUGAGACUACAAUGCCUGGCCAAGAAGAGAAAUUAUCCACUUGUGGCACUGAUGAUUCUGCAUCUGAUAUUCAGUCACAGGAUGGAACAGAUGCAGUGUUAGACUCCUCUAUGAUUUCUACAGAGAAUGGAAAAACCAGCAGAUUUCCAAAACCUCAGAUGGAAAUCCGUUUUAGCCCAGUGAAGCCUAACAGAAUGGAAGUAAAACAUCAUGGGGAUGACUCAGCUGUAACUGUGAAAAUAUCAAGGCCCACCAGAAAGAGGAAGAGCACAGACAUGGAGGAUGCGGUGAAAAGUGAAAAUAGGAAAAAUACAAGAACGAAUAAAAUGACACCAUCAUCCUUGGCAAGUCCUGCGACAAGCAUCUACAGCUCAAAGAAACAGACAGUGAAGAAGCAGAUAUCUACUUCAAGUACUGCCUCUACUCAGAAAAAAGAUGGGACGCUGCAGAAGCUUGGAGAAUUUCUACAAAGUUCUCCUUCCAUCUUUCAGACAAAAGCAAAAAAAUUUCUUGAGACUAUUGGAGCACCUAGGAGCACAGAUGUGAAAAAUGGCAGCAAUGCUGAUGAACAUAAGCCGAAAAGAUCACGAAGAAAAUUGUACACUACGGAAAUCUCAGCGCCACUAGACAUCCCCGCUCAUUCAAUCAUUAUGGACACUAAUGAAAAGGAAAGUGAUCAUCUUAUAAUGAAGAGACGCCUGAGGACAAGAACUGCUAAAUAAAUUCUUUAUUUGUGGUCAUGCAUCCUGUGGUACAUAGAGAAAUAUGUAUAUAGGUGUAAUCUUAAUCCGUUUUCAUGUACAAAAUUGAUUAUUUCAAAGUUAGUAAAGCUGUGCAUGUAAAUUUAUAUCUUAAGCCUUGUAUAUUUAGAACUGCACAGUAUUCAAAUGUACUUUUGUGGUACGUCCCAAUGAAAGGCCAGCCUUAUAGCCAAAGUUUUUCCACAUCUCUUCUGUAAGAGAAAGUUUAAUGACAUUAGGUAUCCAUGUUAACAUCUGGACCCUGCCUCUCCCGAUUCACUUUAUCUGCUCAUUGAGAGGUGGAGAAGAAGAGGCUUCCAGAACUGGAUCUCUGUCUUCUCUCUCCCCCUCUUUCUUCUCCCUCAAAGGAAAUAACCAUGGCAACCCACACUUUAGAGAACUUUGCCUCUGUUAUGCUGCAUUGUAAUAUAUGUAUAUUUAAUAUGCUGCAAGCUCUAUAUGUAUUAUGUAGAGAACACUACUCAAUAUCUUAAAAAGGUUAAUUCACGAAGUUUACUAUUUGUGUGUGCGCCAUUGUGAUCAAUUGAUAGUGAAUAAUUCGUUGAAAAGAAGAGGCCGAUAAGUGGAGAAAGAGGCAUUUUUCUGUAAAAAAGUUAUAUUACAAAGAUUGUUUUACUCGCUUAAACUAUUGAUUUUUGCAGUUUGUUGAAAUGACACAUUCUCUAAUCCAAAGUCAAUGAUUUUUAUGUUUUAGUUUCAUGACAGCAUCUCUGAGCAACCUGUUUCUAUAGGCUCAAUUUUUUUUUUUUAUAUUAAUGACCUUUACGUGAAUUUUGUUUGUACCAUAUUUUUCACACUAUAAGACACACUCCCCACAACAAGUGUCCAAAAUGUUAGUGCAUCUUAUAGACUAAAGAAGUGGACAGCAAUAAUGCCGUACAUUUCAGGCCGUGCUGUGCUGCAUAGGAAUAGUGGCCUGCAAUGUACAUUCAGAGUGGUAGACACUGCAGAGGAAGCAUUUUACAGUGACACCACUCAUCCUGGUGCCAUACUUUAUGCGGAACACUUCCAUCUAUAUAAGAGGUCUGAUCAUAUUAAAUGACAUAGUACUGCUGUAAUGAAAAACGGCUAAAAAAAUCUUAAAAUUCUCUCUCUGAAUAUUCAGGUUGUUUUUUUAAACACUUUUUUUUGAUGGAGGUGUCCUCUCUGCCUCUGGAAGCCUCGGAUAGUCAGUGCCUUAAUCAGACCUUGUAGAAUACUGUGCUAGAAAUAUUCAGUUUCCUGCGCUUCCUCUGGUAAUAAUAGCGGAUUUUGGGGGGUUCUGCCAGCAGGACUCUCUCCCCAUGAUUAUCCUCCUUCAUGACCAACAAAGAACUUCAGAGGUUGUCAUUUCUUCCCCUAGUAACCAUAUCCAAUGGUUCUUACAACAUUGGUGGUAACUGUCUUAUAUAUGAAUGAGAUCUUACACAAAAAUGCUGUACAAUUAUGUAAAAUGCGUAUGUGUACCUUAUUAUUACAAACGUUAAUGAUUAGAACUUCCGUUGUCCUCAUUUAUGUUACCUUGCAGAAAAUGACCUCUUAUUUGGUGACCUUUCAUUGUGACAUGGACAUUUCCUGUAAUAUGCAAUUAGUUAAUUGCCAUUGAGAUAAGUGAGAAUGUGGGCGCAGGUAGUCAUUAAUACCGAAGGUGUUACGUAAUAGUCUUUAGUCAUAGUCAUUAGUGCAAUCGAGAAUGUAUCUUACAAAUAUCAAGUGCUUUUCAUGAUUCAUACAUUAUAAAGACAGGUUACUUUAUAAUUUUUUCUUUACAUUGUAAAUUGCCACUUCUAUUUUUAAGGACUUAUGUAGAUGUAUGCAUUUGAAAUCUAUUUAUUACAUGUAAAC